GUUGCGUACAAACGGAAAACAAACGUAAAGUUGUUUUUUUGGAUUCUUGUGUGUAUUAUUUUGGCUUAUGAAGGCAAUGCUUCUACAAUAAAUAAUAAAAUGCCUAUAAACGGCAAAUGUGAUAAUUUAUGCCAAAAAUAUCGACUAAAGUGUCAUUAAAGAGAUAUAACCACAUAGACAUAAAGAAAGGCAGAAAGAUAACAACAAACAAAGCAAGAAAAUAUGGAAAAGUGAAAAAAAGAAAAGAAAAGGGAAAUCCUAAUAAGAAGUAUGAAAACUCAAGUCUGUUUUCGCUGGCAAUGAAAUCUGCCUCCGACAAAGUGAAGUGUUGUGAAAACAGAAAUACUUGAUUUUGGUCCAAUUGAAACGUAGCACCACUCCAAAUGGUCCUUAACCGGAUCUGUGACCAAGCAAGUGAGUGAAUAAGUUCCGCGAAAAGUUCUAUGAAAACACAACGGUAAACCACAACGAAUUGCCAGAAAUUUUGAAGUAUUCCUCAAGUGUAGUGUCUUUCGAAGAAUCAAUACAGCGUUGGUGUAAGAGGUUGGUUUGUAAGAGUGUGUCUGUUUGUUGUGUUUGUUUUGAUGGUUGGUUUGUUUCCUUUGCCAAAAGGCAGACGCUCUACUCCACAGACAGAUGUGGAGCACAGAAAUGUCUUGAUUUAGUGAAAAAUUCCAAAUAUUGUACAAAAAGAAAACCUAAAGGUAAAUGCAAACGAAACACAAGUGAAAAAGGACCAAAAGAGAGCCAAAGUAUAACCAAAGCAAAACAGCAGCAUCAACAAAAAGGCCACAAGUAAAGCCAAAGCCACACAGCAAAGGAUUCGUACAUCCUUUUGAAAUUGAAUAGUGACGUUGUUUGAAUUGGAUCAAAGUGAGGCGAGAGUGAAAUACAAACAUGCAAACCCACAGCGACACAGUAAUGUAAGAUUGAAUUCGUCCAAAAAUUACUCUUCCACACAACUAAACCCACGUCUGCCCCACUCCUACCUCUGGCCAAGGCCCAUAGUGUUGUUUGGUUGUUCGAGUGUUUGGCACCAAAACAAAAUUAAAAACGGGCGAAAUGCACACCGCCUUCGCAAAUCGGGUCAAAAGUUCGCAACAGCAAAAACUACAACAACAGCGAAUAAAUAAUAGACCGGCUAUAUUCCAGCUCUCCUCCCAAUUUGUGUUAACCUUAUCAUAGAUGCUGAGAUAUAAUAUAUGCUCUUUCGAAUAUCGAUAUAAAGUAUUUUUAAAUCCAAAUACGCGUAUCAGGCGGAUGAAAUUAGCAUCCUGGGACAACAAUUAAUGAAGGUUGUCAACUGAAUGAUUAUCUCCAAUUUAAUCAAAACCCAUCAGAGAACAAUGAUACGAGGCGUUUGCGAGACUUGCUUUCUGUUAUUGAUUUUUGUCAGCGAUUUAAUACACAGCGAAGAAGUCACCGAGCCAUUUAAUGCUUUUAAAAUCUACGAAGAAACAAUGGCAAAAUCUACAGUACCCACUUACACUCCACCGCCUUGGAUUGAUCCAUACUUUGAUCCGACAACACCUCGUAAUGUAACGGCUCUUAUGGGAAAAUCAGCAUAUCUGAGUUGUCGAGUUCGUAAUUUAGGAAAUAAAACGGUUUCCUGGAUACGACAUCGAGACAUGCAUAUCCUUACAGUUGGUACAUAUACCUAUACCACGGAUUUACGGUUUCAAGCUAUACGUCACGCGGAAACUGAUGAUUGGACGUUGCAAAUUAAAUGGGCCCAAAAACGUGAUGCCGGUGUCUAUGAAUGCCAAAUAUCAACACAGCCGGUGCACAGUUAUUUUGUGGAUCUAAAUGUUGUGGUGCCAACGGCAACCAUUCAAGGCGGACCCGAUUUUCAUGUGGACAAAGGAAGUACCAUCAAUCUAACAUGUACCGUAAAAUUCAGUCUGGAGCCUCCAGCCUACAUAUUUUGGUAUCACCAUGAAGAGGUCAUUAAUUACGAUUCAACGAGAGGUGGCGUUUCUGUCAUAACGGAAAAGGGUGAUGUAACUACCUCAUAUCUGCUCAUUCAAAAUGCUGACCUGGCCGAUUCGGGCAAAUAUUCAUGUGCUCCAUCCAAUGCUGAUGUGGCCAGUGUUCGAGUUCAUGUGCUGAGUGGCGAACAUCCGGAAGCCAUGCAGACAGAGUCCGGUUCCGCUUGCCAUGGUUCCGGGCUUACCAUGACCAUCGUUAUGCUGCCGCUGCUGCUACUCCAUUUUGUACUGCACUACAAGCCACAAUUUAUAUUUUGGAACAUGCGGACUAAUCGAAAGAACAACGAAACCAUAACCACCACUGAGCUAACCACCAAUGAAACCACAUCAUCAACAGAUCACACUUCCACACUCAAUGGCAGCGACCAUGGGCCAUUGACCAUGGACCGGAAAAUCAACGAUUUGCAUAAACUUCAACAGAAAUGUGGCAAAAAAAGGCAAAGUAAUAUCGUCUGCUGACAGCAUGGUGGUGGUCCGGGCACUAAUGGUCAUCCGUCGCGGAAUAAGCACCAUUGUCCAGCACUUGUCCAGCAACAAUCUAGUAACAACCGACAUCAAACACACCAACAGCUGAAGCAUUUAAGUUGAUACACAAGCAGAGGAGUAAGCAUUUUUUUUAUACCAAACGCAAACUUCAUCUGGCUAGAAUAGCAAAAUCAAAGAAAUAAAUAAAGAAAAAAAAAAUUAAAAUCACCUAAUAAAUAAGAAACUUAACUAGAAAAGUAGAUAUAAGAAAUUUUGUAUAAUAAGGAGAAAUCAAAUACCAUUGCAAGACUAUUAAGUCAUAAUUAAAGACUAGUGUAAUUUUAUAUUUAAAGAAAACAAGCAAAAGCGUGCUAAGUUCGGCCGGGCCGAAUCUUAUAUACCCUCCACCAUGGAUCGCAUUUGCCGAGUUCUUCUCCCGGCAUCU